UCGUGAAUAUGCGCGUGCGCGGCCGAGUGGCUGUCGGCUUCUGAAAGCACCGGGAGGUGGAAGUGAGUGAGCUCGGCUCCGGAUAGUAGAUAUAUAGGAGAAAUAGUUGAUUGCUUAACACCAUGUUAAGUGCAGGAAAAGAAAAUUUUCGGCUGAAGAGCUACAAAAACAACUCUCUCAAUCCUGAUGAGAUGAGAAGGCGACGAGAAGAGGAAGGGUUACAACUACGGAAACAGAAACGUGAGGAACAGUUAUUCAAACGUAGAAAUGUCACACAUACAGAGCAGGAAGAGGAAGAAGAUGAGGUAAUGAGUGAUAGUGGAUUCCAUGAGUCGCAAGUAAAUAUGGAUAUGGCUUUGACUGGAGUAAUCACGUCAGAUAUGGUCCAGAUGAUUUUUUCUAACAAUUCAGAACAGCAGCUGGCUGCUACACAGAAAUUUCGGAAACUUCUUUCCAAAGAACCUAAUCCUCCUAUUGACGAAGUGAUCAACACACAAGGAGUUGUGGAAAGAUUUGUAGAAUUUCUCAAAAGGAGAGAAAAUUGUACAUUACAGUUUGAAGCAGCAUGGGUUCUGACAAAUAUUGCAUCAGGAAGCUCGUUACAGACCCGUGAAGUAAUCAAGGCCGGUGCUGUGCCUGUUUUUAUUGAAUUACUAGCAUCAGAUUUUGAAGAUGUGCAGGAACAGGCAAUCUGGGCCCUUGGCAAUAUUGCAGGGGACAGCACCAUGUGCAGGGAUUAUGUGUUAGACUGUAAUAUACUGCCUCCUCUCAUUCAGCUGCUAUCAAAACCUAACCGAUUGACAAUGACUAGGAAUGCUGUUUGGGCAUUGUCAAACCUCUGUAGAGGGAAGAAUCCUCCUCCAGAAUUUUCAAAGGUAUCUCCCUGCCUCAGUGUUGUGUCCUGGCUGCUAUUCCUCAAUGACAUAGAUGUUCUGGCUGAUGCCUGCUGGGCUUUGUCGUAUUUAUCAGAUGGGCCCAAUGAUAAAAUCCAAGCAGUAAUAGACUCCGGAGUUUGCAGAAGAUUAGUGGAACUAUUAAUGCACUGUGACUAUAAGGUGAUAUCACCAGCUUUACGCGCAGUAGGGAACAUUGUAACAGGUGAUGACAUACAGACUCAGGUAAUUUUAAAUUGCUCUGCUUUACAGAGUUUAUUGCACUUAUUGAGCAGCCCUAAAGAAUCAAUCAAAAAGGAAGCAUGUUGGACUAUAUCCAAUAUUACAGCAGGCAACAGAGCACAGAUACAGGCUGUGAUAGAUGCCGAUAUCUUCCCUGUCCUAAUAACUAUUCUACAGACAGCAGAAUUUCGGACAAGGAAAGAAGCUGCUUGGGCCAUCACCAAUGCAACGUCAGGUGGAACUCCUGAACAGAUCAAAUAUAUAGUGGAAUUGGGCUGCAUUAAACCAUUAUGCGACUUGCUGACUGUUAUGGAUGCAAAGAUCGUUCAAGUGUCAUUGAAUGGUUUGGAGAAUAUCCUUAGACUGGGUGAGCAGGAAGCUAAACAAAAUGGAACAGGAAUAAAUCCAUACUGUGCUCUAAUAGAAGAGGCCUAUGGUUUGGAUAAGAUUGAAUUCUUGCAGAGCCAUGAAAACCAAGAUGUUUAUCAGAAAGCAUUUGAUCUAAUAGAGCAUUACUUCGGUACAGAAGAAGAGGAAGAUGCUAACAUUGUCCCUCAAGUCGAUCUUAAUCAGCAGCAAUACAUCUUCCAACCACAUGAAGCUCAGAUGGAGGGCUUCCAGCUGUAAGCACAAUCACAAAGAGGACUACUGACUCCACUUAAGACACACACCUCUCCUAGGGCUGUUGGGACUGACAAGUUCUUUUGGGGUUGGUGGGGUGGGGGGAGGGACACUGCACCUAUCACCAUGAUAAAGUUGCACCUAUACAGGUGAGCAAUGCUAGUAAGAACUUUGCUCAAUUAGCUGAAUGGUUCUUAUUAACAAAAGGUUGUAUGUAGGUGUAUAGAAAAGCACGUAUUUGCAUACAGCACACUCUACAAAGUUACAUUUGGGAACCACACAAAAAGUAUAUUAUAUAUGAAGGUUGUAUUCUUGUGUGUAUAAUAAUAUAUGUACAUAACAUUCAAAUAGGGGUUAGGGCAAACUCUGCAAAUUUGCACCACCUGACUCUUCCAUCUUAAAUACUUGUAUCCUUUGCUGUGGCUCUGUUCUUUCUAUUGUGAUGUUUAAUAUUGCUGAUUUUUUUUUUUGUUUGUAAAAAUCAAACUGGUGCAAUAUCAAUGUAGGUUAAUUAAUGGACUGUCUACCCAGUAAUACCCUCCAUUGAAUGACUUUCAUUUGCGUUAUAUAUAGUUAAUGACAAAUCUAUUAUAAAUGGAGUUGUGAUCAACCCUUACGGUAGUUUGAGGGGUGUCUGGGCUUGGUGUUAUGAACGUUACUUCCUGCUCCGUUUAUCAAUAUGACAAAUCGCACCAGUGACAAAAUCUACUGAACUAGUUAACUUUUACUUUGUGGUAAUUCUAAGCAUAAUGUAAAAGAUCCUUUUCUAGCUUCAUUUUAAAAUGUUCUUGUGAAGAUUAGACAAAAUGUCUGUGAAAAUUGGACAGAUUUUUGUUGGAAUUGUGAAGCAGUGAAAUUUAAGUUCAUAUGCAUAAGGAUCUGUGAUUGGUGAAUUAUAUUGCAUCUCUGAAAAAGUUAGCAAUUCAGCAUUAGGAACUAUUGGAACUAUGCUGGCAACAUAACCUGAAAUGGCUGGUAUACAGUAAGCCAUGAAGUCAUGGAGUAGAGGUUGAUUCUAGAACUUAUUCUGGUCUCUGUAUAAACUUAAAAUGUUCAGUGCAAUGUGUAUAUUAGAACCAGAAAUAAUUUGCUUGUUAGUUCACCUGAAUUAAAAUCCUCUUGCCGCUUAGGAUUGUUGUUCUGGGCAAUGUAACUGCCAUUCUUUUCAGAACAAGGUUAAAUUAAGAAACCUACCUUACUGUGGUGUUAUCUUACUAGGUAGCAGAGUGAUUUAGUGAGUACAAACUGGUGAGAAUGGAGGAAACGGUUCGCACUGAAAAGACAUGAUGAACAAUCCUGGCAGAAUCCGAACAUGAAGGAUCAUCAAAAUUAAGUGCCAUGGUGUAUUUUUCAAGAAUGGUCUUUUUACGAAUCUUUCAUUGAUACACAAUAACAACAUACAUCCCAUUCAACUGGUCUUGUCAUUUCAACCUUCUAAUGACCAGCCAAUGUUAAUUAUUCAGAUAAUAUUCAAAUUGCUAUGUUGCAAAAAAGAGACCCAAAAGCUGGCAAUGUUAUAAUUUGUCAUUGUGGACAUGUAAAGAAAUUGGAUGGGCAUUAACAACUGGUUCUUUUAGUUCCCUUGCUGUUACAUUGAGAUACAGUUGGUUAAUAGUGUUUGUGACAACGUUCUUGAGACAAAUGAUUAAUACAGAUCUCCAACUUGUACUUCUUUUGGUUCUUGUUCCCAUUCCUUUUAGGGGUAAACUUUGCACUAUUUAAGUUCUAGUUGUAUCAAGGAUUGAUCUCUGCUAUCAAAACUCUUAAUCUUAUAGAUCUAAUCACCUGAAACCAAUUAUCUUCUCCCUCAAAACAUUGCUGUCUUGCACAUGUUCCAUGACUUUAAAUGCAUUGACAAUUUGCUAUCCAGGCCUUUCAGUCAUGAAAUACUAGUGUGUCUUGAUGAUAACUGUUCCACUCCCUUGGUUUGGACCAAGAUUUACAACUUGGUCACAUGUCACCAUGCUCUUGCGAGACAUGAGUUUGAAUUGGUGACAGUUAAAGCUCUUUACUGUUGUGUACAACUUUCAACAUUUGAGGCAGAAGUGACCAGAAUAACAUAAGUACAAAGUUGACUUAGAUUUUUUUGUGUUAAGUGAAGCCUGAGAUUCAAGUAGCAAGUUCACUAAUAUCAGAGAGAUUGAAAGUUAAUGCAUUAUUGAUAAUGGCAGAAUUUCAAUAAGGGUUAAAGAUUCUACUACAACCAAUAAUGCAGUGAGAGCAACAGUGUUUUUUAAUAUUCAAUUUUGCAUUUACAAAAUUAGUUGCCAUACUUUCAAGUACAGCAAUGCCUUUCUUAAGGUGGUGUUUGCAUCCUUUAGAAGUGAUUUUAAGCAAAACUACGUUGAGUGUACAU